GCUUUGCCGAUGGCUGAUAGCCGUACACGAAGAAGACGGGGACGGAAGUUAAAAGGAAAACAUGGCGGCGCCUUAUGCCGACACAUUUAGGGCAAAUCUAACGUUACUUCGGUCACAGAAAUGAAGCCAUUGUCAGCACUGACACUUUUUACACGUUAUUUUGAGCGGAAGCGACAACAUGUGGGCGAACUGCAAGAAAGCAGGAGCUCCUCUGAGAGUCCUCAACCACCUUCAGUCCUGCUGUGUACACACCGUGAGGAGGAAGGGAGCUGAAGGGGGUCAGCGGCGGCUCUGCAGGCGCAUGUCAUCCUCAGGACCCCCGUGGAGGCUCUUGUUCUUUGGGUCCGAUCAGUUCGCUUUAGAGUCACUAAAACUCCUCUCAUCCAGCAGGAGCUGCGGUGAUGGGAUAGUGGAGUCUCUUGAGGUUGUUACUUUGUCCAGUGACGUCCCAGUAAAGAAAUUUGCUCAAGAGAACCACCUUCCGGUCCACCCCUGGCCCCCCGACAAUGUGGAUGGACAGUUUGAUGUUGGGGUGGUGGUGUCUUUUGGCUGUUUACUCCACGAGAGACUGAUCAACAAGUUCCCAUAUGGGAUUUUGAAUGUUCAUCCCAGCCUGCUGCCAAGGUGGCGAGGUCCAGCACCCAUCUUCCACACCAUCAUGAAUGGUGACACUGUGACAGGAGUCACCAUCAUGCAGAUUCGCCCUCACAGAUUUGAUGUGGGCCCCAUUCUGAACCAGGAGCUCCAUCACGUCCCAGAGAAAUGUACAGCUGAUGAGCUUGGAACUGCCCUAGCCACGAAAGGAGCACAUCUGCUGAUUGAUACAUUGAUGACACUGACUGAGAGACUGGCACAUAAGAAGGAGCAAAGUCAGACAGAUGCAACAUUUGCCCCAAAAAUCAGCAAGUCCAUGAGCUGGAUUGUGUGGGAGGACCAAACCUGUGACCAUAUCGAUCGUCUGAAUCGUGCCAUCGGAUCCCGGAUGCCUUUGAGGACCAUAUGGAUGGACAAAACAAUAAAACUCCUAGAUUUUGUAGGAAGAUGUAACAUUUCAUUAUCAGAUCACAGGAAGAAACCAGUCCCUGGCUCAGUGAGCUAUCAGAAGCAUUCCAGCACUCUGGCUGUCUGUUGUAAGGAUGGCUGGGUGGGAUUCAAGACAGUGCUCCUGAAGAAAAGGCUGACAGCAGCUGACUUCUAUAAUGGCUACCUGCAUCAGACAGCUGAUGGACGGUUUCUCAGUAGAAAAAGAGGAAGUGAAGAACAUAAGACAAGAGAGAACUUAGUGUUGUGACACAAUGACGAUAAGUUUCCUCGCUGAUGUGAACAUUGCAGACAUUAAAUCAGCUAAUGGAACUUACUGCAGUGAACUUGUCUGUUUUAAGACAAUUGCAUAUACAGUACAAUUGCUGUGUUACCAUAUUUAUACUGUAUACUUGCAAUAAAGGAAUGUACUAGUGACUUAAAAAUACAAGGAACAAUCAUAA